AUGAAAGAUGGAGAAAACACUAAAUGUGGGAAGAACGAAAGGAUGAUUAAAAGGGAUGAAAGGAAGAGAAAAACUAGAUGUGGAGAGAGCCGAAAGGAAGAGAGAAUAAAAAAUAAAUGGGAGGGACGAAUGAAAGAAAAACUUAAUGCAGCUGAGAGGGAAGAAAGGAAGAAAAUCCUAAGUGCAGGGAGGGAGGAAGAAAACUCUAACUGUAGGGAGGAAGAAAACACUAACUGUAGGGAGGGAGAAAACACUAACUGUAGGGAGGAAGAAAACACUAACUGUAGGGAGGAAGAAAACACUAACUGUAGGGAGGGAGAAAACACUAACUGUAGGGAGGAAGAAAACACUAACUGUAGGGAGGGAGAAAACACUAACUGUAGGGAGGGAGAAAACACUAACUGUAGGGAGGAAGAAAACACUAACUGUAGGGAGGGAGAAAACACUGACUGUAGGGAGGAAGAAAACACUAACUGUAGGGAGGGAGAAAACACUAACUGUAGGGAGGGAGAAAACACUAACUAUAGGGAGGGAGAAAACACUAACUGUAGGGAGGGAGAAAACACUAUCUGUAGGGAGGAAGAAAACACUAACUGUAGGGAGGGAGAAAACACUGACUGUAGGGAGGGAGAAAACACUAACUGUAGGGAGGAAGAAAACAUUAACUGUAGGGAGGGAGAAAACACUAACUGUAGGGAAGGACGAAAGAAAAAAGAUGAAAUGUGA